UGUAACUAGAUGCUCCUUGCUGAUGUCCAGCCACACGGACAGCUGGCUCACAAGGUCUCGCCCUUGGCUCAUACCUUAUAACAUCUGUGCUGUGAAGGGUCAGUCACUCCAGGCAUAGGUAGGGAGAAGAGAGAAGAAUCCCAGACUUCACUGUCCUCCUAUCCAUCAGAGAGGCCUUUGUUAUGGACGGAGCAAGGGACGCAUUUUUUCUACAAUAUUUAUCCCAGCUUAGUAUUAGCAUGCCUCUUUGCCUGGCUCCAUAGAGAGCCUACAGGAAUUUGGACAGAGUGGUACAGACAUCGCCGACCACGACCAAAUCGCGGACUAUCCCUUUCAGUGCAGUCUUAUGACCAAGAACCCAUAUAUUAAAGAAGGGGAUAGACCAAAAUCUGGACUUCGUUCUAGCUGAAGCACGGCAGAAAGAUAUUGCAAGGCAAUCAAGCAGAGCUUACGGUGAUUACAUCUUAGGACCGAAUUUGUUCUUUGGAACCAAAGGUGUGACCAUAUUUCAGCCAAACUGCAUUCUGCCUUCAUGCUGUCCCUUUCAAUCAGCACCUUGCUUCUGUCACUUUGUUCCUUAAACGUUGGAGGCUGUGAGAACUAUGAUGACCCCAAGAAGAACCUGAGAACAGAGUUUGCCCUUGCUCUAUACCAACGCUUAGCAGAACUUGAUAACAGAACAAACCUGGUCAUUUCCCCAGCAAGCAUUUCUCUUUCCUUGGGACUUCUGCAGCUUGGAGCUCAAGGAAAUACCUUUGCACAACUGAAGAAUGCUCUGGGAUACAGCACUCAUGAUCAGGGUGCGCUGGACUCCUUGCACACUGUCUACCAAGAAGUCACCAACUCAAGCCAAGGCCCCAUCGCACAGCUGGCCUGUGUCCUCUUUGUGCAAGCCGGACUACUUCUCUCGCCUCAGUUUGUUCAACAUGCUGCACUGUGGGCGAACACCACACUGCGGCAAGCUAACUUCAGUGAGCCCAACAGGACUACAGCUCAGAUAAAUGAAUGGAUUGCCACAAGCCUUGGAGAUGGAGAAACAAAUGGUCUGUCCUUGGAAACCACUGAUUCCCCCCUUCACCAGGUAGCUGUGGUGAGCACCAUGCACUUCAAAAGCACUUGGCAAAGGAAGUUCAUCUUCACAAAUACUCAGCCUUUGUCUUUUACCACUGCAGAGGGCUUGAUCCUGAAAGUGCCCACUAUGUAUCUCCGCAAUGAAGUCAAUUAUGGAGAAUUCUUAACAGACUCUCUGGAACGGAUCAGUGUGGUUGAAUUGCCCUAUCUAGGGGAGACAAUUAGUAUGUUUGUGGUGCUUCCAUCCGACAGGAGAACAUCUCUAGCCCAGAUUGAGACACACCUCUCAACCCGAAGUUUCCCUCUGUGGUCCAAUAACUUGAGAAGAACAAAGAUGGAUAUAUUUCUCCCCAGGUUCAGGAUUCAAAAACACUUGGACCUAAAAAUGGUUUUACCUGCAUUAGGAAUUACAGAUAUGUUUGAUCCAACUCAGGCAGAUUUUAAAGGCAUUUCAGAACAGGCAAGUCUUUACAUCUCUGAAGCCAUCCACAAAGCAAAGAUUGAAGUGACAGAAGAUGGUACAAGUGCCUCAGGAACAACAGCUAUGGUGUUGCUAAAAAGAUCCCGAGCUCCUGUCUUCAAAGCUGACAGACCUUUCCAUUUCCUUCUUAGGCAAGCCAGUACAGGCUCAAUUUUGUUCAUAGGAAGGCUAAUGAAUCCGACAGAAUAAACCUGUAAAAUCUAUGCUUCCUUCUCUUACCUUCUUUCCCAGAUUUAAAAUAAAGCAUACACUGCAGAAUUAAAGAGCACAUGUUUAAGUUUUGCAAAGAUGAGAAGAAAAUUGUGGACAAAUAAAAAUGUUGUUGUUGCAA